UACAAAUGCGACCCCCGAAGGCUGCAGCCUUUUGAUUGAGAAGCGGCCACUGUGUCGCUAUGCACUUUUCAUACAGACAUGCUCAGACGAUAGUUAAACUCCCAAUGGUUUGUAAUAGUGGGCUGUUUGUUGUGGAUACUUGAAAGGCUACUGGUUAUCAUCAUCAGCACUUGAGGACAUUUCUGAAAGGACGCACUGAAGCGAACAAAUCGAUGACUAUCCAUCCAGUAACAGUUUUACAGUAGGCUACGUCGAGUUGCUGGCUGCUUACGGUUACUAUGGUAAAGCUGUGUGGAGGACCUGACUUUAAACAGUGUGGACGGACUGCUCGUUAAUGUGGAAUAUUUAUACUUCCGACUAAAAUUAUAUUUCACAUAAAGAGAGCUAUGUAAUUAACUUCCGUCUUUCUUCAGUAUAUGUAACCCUGUGAGAUGGAUAAGUAUGAGAAACUGUCUAAGAUUGGGGAAGGCUCAUAUGGAGUGGUGUUCAAAUGCAGACAGAGGGACACGGGUCAGAUAGUGGCCAUUAAAAGGUUUGUGGAGUCUGAAGAUGACCCAGUCAUCAAGAAAAUAGCACUGAGAGAAAUCCGCAUGCUGAAGCAACUGAAGCACGUAAAUCUGGUGAACUUGCUGGAGGUCUUUAGGAGGAAGAGACGUCUUCACUUAGUCUUUGAGUUUUGUGAACAAACUGUACUCAAUGAACUAGACAAACACCCACGAGGUGUUCCUGAAGCACAACUCAAGAAUAUUGUAUGGCAAACACUACAGGCUGUGAACUUCUGCCACAAACACAAUUGUAUCCAUCGAGACGUGAAGCCAGAAAACAUUCUUUUGACCAAGACCGGUGUGAUCAAGCUUUGUGAUUUUGGCUUCGCUCGCAUCCUCACUGGCCCAGGUGAUGAUUACACAGAUUACGUGGCGACUCGCUGGUACCGAGCUCCUGAGCUUUUAGUAGGAGAUACUCAAUACGGUCCACCUGUGGACGUGUGGGCCAUUGGUUGUGUUUUUGCAGAGCUGUUGUCUGGAAAUCCUCUCUGGCCAGGACGUUCUGAUGUGGAUCAGCUGUUUCUCAUUCGACAAACGCUGGGUGACUUGAUCCCACGACAUCAACAGGUGUUCCGGUCCAAUGUCUUCUUUAGUGGAGUGAGCAUUCCUGAGCCCGAUACCAUGGAGCCACUGGAAAAAAGGUUUCAUGGUCUUUCUCCUCAUGCUGUUACUGUCAUGAAGUCCUGUCUAGUAAUGGAUCCUUCUGACAGACUGUCAUGUGAAGAACUCCUAGAGCUACCAUACUUUCAAGAGGAUGGAGGAACAUGCUGCACCAGAGAGGCGGAUCGUCCUGGAAGACGUAACGAGAAAGGCUCUAGACGCAGAGUCACAGGGCCCCAGUACUUUCCACAGCUGAUCAACAGCAACGUCUCACCAGCACCUGAACUGAAGAAUAAACACAGAAACAAAAAUGACCAUCGUUUACCCAACAUCUGAUAAUGACACCAGAGCAAAUGUGUUUGACAAGCUAAAGUGCCUAUAAGACAUCUAUAGAUGUAAAGCACCUCAAGAAGACUAUAUUACUUUUACUUUAUAAAUACCUGUUCAACCUCA